AUGGCCUCGAGCAGCUCCGCCCCGCUGGUGCAGUUUGCGCCGCUGCACACGGCCAUCGCGCCGGCCUUCUGGUCGGCACUGGCGGCGCACAAGAUCGAGCAUGCGCAGCUGGCCGACGCGCCGCUCGCCGUGCGGGCCCACUAUGCACCUGCGCGACGCGUGCUGGACCGCCAGACGGGCAGUGAGGUGCCGCUGCCGCCGAGCAUGGUCGUGGAGGGCGAGGCGCUGGGCGACGGCGCUCAUCAGCAACAACAUCAAGCCUCGCACCGCUGGUCAAGCCGUGACGCCUUGCGCUGCUUGCAGGGCUAUGACGCUUCGCCCUGCCUCUACUCGCUGCCGCCGCACGUGUGUCCGGCCUGGGGCACGCUUAAGAACUUCAACACCGUCGAGGAGUUCAAGACAGCCGACAAGCAGGCCUUCUUCAACGCCGAGGCGCGCUCGAUGUAUGAGGCCAUGCUGAGCGCUGCAGAUCCGACACCGCACCUGGCGCGCUUCCUGGUGCUCUCCUUCGCCGACCUCAAGCGCUACCGAUUCGUCCACUGGUUUGCAUUUCCGGCGCUCGUCUCGAAGCCGGCAUGGACGCUGCAGGGCGAGUGGAAGAGCGUGUCUGACGCGCUUGGAGCAGGCAGCUACGAGGCACUCGCAAAGGCCGUCGAGGCCCGGCGCAGAGAGCAGAAGGCAGACUCGGCCUCGGGCGCCUUCUUCCUCGUGGGCACGAGCAAUGGACAGCCGCGUCUUGGCGACGUCGCAGACUUUGCGAGCUUCUUCCAAGCGGGCGAGGAGCCCACUGUCGGCUUCGUGGAUCCGUCAGCCGCAGCUUCAGAGCCUGGCUGGCCGCUGCGCAACCUGCUCGCACUCAUGGCGGCGCGCUUUGGAGUGCGACGCGUGCGUGUUCUGUGCUGGAAGGACGACAUCGGCGAGAGCACGCAGCGGCGCUCGGUGAUCGGUGACGUCGCGCUGCCCGAGGACGCCGCCGAGGGCGAGAGGGUCACUGGAGCUCAUGGUUCAGCACCGCUCGCCACGCAGCCGGGCCUGCCAGACGUGCCGCUAGCUGUCGGCUGGGAGCGGAACAGCUCCGGCAAGCUGGCGCCGAAGCUCGCAGAUCUAGGCCCAUUGAUGGACCCGCGCAGGCUGGCGGACCAGGCCGUCGACCUGAACCUGAAGCUCAUGCGGUGGCGCAUCAUGCCCGAGAUCAACCUCGAGCGUGUGCAGCAGACGAAGUGUCUGCUGCUCGGCGCAGGCACGCUCGGCUGCUAUGUAGCACGGACGCUGCUGGGCUGGGGUGUGCGGCACAUUACGCUCGUCGACUCGUCGCGCGUCUCCUUCUCGAACCCGGUACGACAGCCGCUCUUCGACUUCGACGACUGUCUCGAAGGCGGCAAGCCAAAGGCCGAGUGUGCUGCUGCGCGCCUGCGCGCCAUCUACCCUGGCGUGACUGCGACGGGUGUGCAGCUCAACGUGCCGAUGCCUGGGCAUCCCAUCCAGAGCGGCGCCGAAGCGCAGGUCCGACAAGACGUCGAGACCCUCGAGAAGCUCAUCGACGAGCAUAAAGUGGUGUACCUGCUCAUGGACUCGCGCGAGAGCCGCUGGCUGCCGACGCUGCUCGGUGCAGCGAAGAACAAGCUCGUCAUCAAUGCGGCUCUGGGCUUCGACACGUAUCUCGUCAUGCGGCACGGCGCCGGUCCUGAUGCUGAGCGUGAUGCAGCGGCCAAGACGCUGCCGGCCAACGAGCGCCGACUCGGCUGCUACUACUGCAACGACAUCGUGGCGCCAACCGACUCUCUGACGGACCGCACGCUCGACCAAAUGUGCACAGUCACACGACCCGGCCUUGCUGCCAUCGCCGGAGCUUCGGCAGUAGAGCUGAUGGUCUCGGUUCUGCAACACAAGGAUGGCGUCAGUGCCCCUGCAGCCACCGGACCGGCACGCGGCAAUGAGGCGCCGCUCGCCUCGUCAGAUCCAGCGCAGUCCGGCUCGUGCCUCGGCCUCGUGCCGCACCAGAUCCGCGGCUUCCUGGCGCAGUUCAGCAACAUGCUCCUCGUCGGCGGAGCGUACGACCUCUGCACUGCCUGCUCGCCCGCCGUCAUCGACGCGUACAAGCGCGACGGCUUCGCGAUGCUGAAGAAGGCCUUCAACGACGAGUCGUUCCUCGAGCGCGUGACUGGUCUAGACAAGUGA